AUGGAUCCACAAGCUUUUAUUCGCCUUUCAGUAGACUCUCUUGCCCUGAGACCUCCCAAGUUCCCUUCAAACUCUUCUUCAAGAACCGACGAGAAUAAGAACAACUUUUCUUCACAAUGCUCUUGCGAGAUAAAACUCCGAGGCUUCCCCGUUCAAACAACAUCAAUCCCUUUGAUGCCUUCCCUAGACGCCGCAGCUCCUGACCAUCACAGCGUCUCUACAAGCUUUUACCUUGAGGAAUCGGAUCUGAGAGCUCUCCUGACCCCUGGAUGCUUCUACAAUCCUCAUGCUCACUUGGAAGUCUCGGUCUUUACCGGUAGAAAGAGUUCGCAUUGUGGUGUUGGUGCUAAGAGACAGCAGAUUGGGAUGUUUAAGCUAGAGGUAGGUCCUGAAUGGGGAGAAGGAAAGCCAAUGAUUCUCUUCAGUGGCUGGAUCGGCAUUGGAAAGAACAGGCGUGAUGGUGGUGGAGCAGAGCUUCAUUUGAGAGUCAAGCUUGAUCCUGAUCCUCGUUAUGUUUUCCAGUUUGAGGAUGUUACUACUUUGAGCCCUCAGAUUGUUCAGCUUCGUGGCUCCGUCAAGCAACCUAUCUUCAGCUGCAAGUUUAGCCGAGACAGGGUGUCACAGGUGGAUCCUUUGAACGGAUACUGGUCAAGCUCAGGAGAUGGAACAGAGCUUGACAGUGAGAGACGUGAGAGAAAAGGCUGGAAAGUGAAGAUACAUGACCUCUCAGGCUCUGCGGUUGCUGCUGCUUUCAUAACAACUCCAUUUGUGCCAUCCACUGGGUGUGACUGGGUGGCCAAGUCAAACCCGGGCGCUUGGCUUGUGGUCAGGCCUGACCCGUGUAGACCAAACAGCUGGCAGCCAUGGGGAAAGCUCGAAGCUUGGCGGGAACGAGGGAUGAGAGACUCAGUGUGCUGCAGGUUCCAUCUCUUAGCAAACGGGCAAGAAGUUGGAGACGUUUUGAUGUCUGAGAUCCUCAUCAGCGCUGAGAAAGGAGGAGAGUUUUUGAUCGACACGGACAAACAGAUGCUCACGGUUGCAGCCACACCGGUCCCGAGCCCGCAGAGUAGCGGAGACUUCUCCGGCUUGGGACAGUGCGUCUCUGGAGGCGGGUUUGUGAUGAGCUCGAGAGUGCAAGGGGAAGGGAAAAGCAGCAAGCCUGUUGUGCAGUUGGCUAUGCGGCAUGUGACUUGUGUGGAAGAUGCAGCCAUCUUCAUGGCGCUUGCUGCUGCUGUUGAUCUCAGCAUUCUUGCUUGUAAACCUUUCAGGAGAAUGAGCCGGAGAAGGUUCCGUCACUACUCUUGGUGA